AUGUCUACCAAGAGGAAAUUGUCUCUGUGCACUCCUCAGCCUGCCAAAAAGGAAAGAAAGGCCAUUGAUCUAGACACCAAAAUGAUGAUAAUAAAACAGUAUGAAGGAGGAAAGAAAGUGAAUGCGAUCGCAUGUGAUAUGAAGUUAUCACACUCUACUGUGUCGACUAUUUUAAAGGACAAAAAUAGAAUUCGUGAAGCUGUGAAAGGUUCUGCACCUUUGCAAUCAACAGUGAUUACGAAGCAACGUACCGGGCCCAUCCAUGAAAUGGAGAAAUUGUUAAACAUUUGGAUGGAAGAUCAGAUUCAAAAGCGGACGCCGUUAAGCCUCUUUACAGUACAGUUGAAGGCUAGAAGCCUGUUUGCGACUUUAAAGGAACGCGCUGGAGAAGACUACAGUCAAGAAUUUGUGGCAAGUACUGGUUGGUUUAAGAGGUUUAAGAAAAGAUUCCAGUUGCAUAAUGUUCGAGUGACUGGAGAAGCAGCAGGUGCGGAUGAGGAAGGAGCUAGUAAAUUUGUCGACAGUUUAAACGAAAUAAUUAAGGCUGAGGGUUAUCUCGCAGAGCAGAUUUUUAAUGUGGAUGAAACAGGGUUUUAUUGGAAGCAGAUGCCAGGACGCACUUACAUCCACAAAGAAGCCAAAAGCAUGCCAGGAUUUAAAGCACACAAGGAUAGACUGACUCUACUGCUUGGCGGGAAUAUCGCGGGGUUCAAGCUGAAGCCCUUCUUAAUUUAUCAUUCCGAAAAUCCACGUGCAUUUAAGAAUGUCAACAAGCACACUUUGCCAGUUUAUUAUAGGUCAAACCGUAAUGCCUGGAUGAACCAGGCUUUAUUUGAGGAUUGGUUCAGUAAUUGUUUCAUUCAUCAAGUGCGUGAGUACUGUUUGGAGAGAGGAAUUCCCUUCAAAAUUAUACUGUUGCUCGAUAAUGCGCCUGGACAUCCACGUCACUUAGCUGAUCUCUAUCCCAAUGUGAAAGUGUUUUUUUUGCCCCCAAACACUACUCCACUUAUUCAACCGAUGGACCAAGGUGUGAUUGCUACAUUAAAGGCAAACUAUCUCAGAUCUGCCUUCGCCCAAGCCAUAGCUGCAAUAGAUGCCGACCCGGAACUAUCACUACGCGACUUUUGGAAACAGUAUAAUAUUCUUAAGUGUAUAAAGAAUCUUGCUACCGCGUGGGACUCUGUGACGGAAAAGUUCUAG